GCACGGAGACAAGAGAUGCAGUUACCCAAGUCUCGGCAACCAGACUUUGUUCUUCAUGAUUGCGUGGCUGCGCUGAACUCCACUGCAAGGUUCUUGACUGGUGUGACUCUGCUCUGCUACUCAUUCGCCUCAAGAUUUAAGGUGCCAAUGUGAAAACAGCAGUCCCAUGGUCAGAUGUAUUCUGCUCCAAUGUAGAUAAGCUCAAACAGAAGAACGUGCCCUCUAUAAAUUAGUAAUGCAAGGUUCAGCAGAUGAACCCCGCCCUGCCAAUCCACAUUUAGGCAGUUGCUUUCUGAAGCACCAACAGGCAAAUUCUAACGAGUUCAGGAGUCACAGCGGAGAGGCCGGCCCCCUCCAGCUCUCCGAGGAGAGACACCAAAUGCCCGCUCUCGAGUUGGAUCAAGGCCUUGGAUUGGCUGCGACCCCGUGCACGGACAGACCUCGAGACAGCACCGACUCCAGAGUGGCCAAACUCAGGACUCCCCGGAUUGCUAAGUCCUGCCCCGGUUCGGGAUUGGUCUGCAACUCUGAGGGCUGCCAGAACCCGGCCGUGCUUCCGUGCACGAGAACUCCUGAACCCUGCCUUCGACACAGAGAACCAGGGGUUCACCAUCACCACCACCACCAUCACCAUCGCGCGCGUAGUGUGUCAUUUUCCGAUGCGACCCUGGAGUGGCCCAUCACUCAUCCGGUGAGGAGCCUGAAGUCAACCCAAUGUCAGUGGAAAAGUGGUUCGGUAGGCCACCCUGAAUUCUGUCAGCCUGGCAGCCCCUGUGGCUCAGCGAGGCAAGCUAAGAUCUCAGAUUCCCAUUCCAUCUCCUUACCGGUGAGCUUGGCAAAGCCAGCCCAGCCUCUCGGCAACCCUGGUCCCCAGAGGCAAAACAAAGCACCGCAGUGUCGCUUUAGCUCCGAUCCUGUCCGAUGUUCUAAUGCCUCACACUCUCAUUCUAGCUCUUGCCCAGUAAUGCGUGCGGUCACAUCUCAUUCUUACUACCCUAUUCCUAGCCCGGUACGACACACAGACACCUCCCAGUCUAGCCCUGCUCCAAUGAGGCACACUGAAACGCCUCCAGUCCCCUUUAGCUCCACUGCGGUUAGACACACUGAGCCAACUCACUCUCGUUUGACCCCACAUACCGUCCGAUGUUCCAACACGUCGCACUCUCACUCCAGCCCUGGCCCGUUGAGGCAUGAGCAAACACCUCAGCCUCAUCUCAUUCCUCCUUCGGUCCAGUGUACUAACAAAUCCCACUGUCACUCUAAAUCUGGUAGCCCGAAGCACACGGAGCUGUGUCGGUCCCAUCUGAGCCCCGAUUCUGUCCGAUGUGCAAACACAUCCCAUUCACACUCCAUGCCCACCCUGAUAAAGCACUCAGAAACUCCUCCCAUCCCCUCCAGCUCUUGCCUGAAACGGCAAAGCGAGCCCCCCUGGUGCCAAUUUCCCCGGGAUCCUUCACGGUGCGUGAAUGCCUCGCGUCUUCACUCUGGCUUCUGUCCGACAAAGCAUGUCGAACCGCCUCGGUCUACCUCGAUCUCGGGUCCAGUGAGGCACACUGCCAUCUCUCACUCUCAACCCAUCUCAGCCUCGGCAAGGUGUGCAAACACAUCGCACUCUCACUCAGCACCGGCUCCGACAAAGAAAAUGCCAGUGCACCAAUCUAACUUCAGUCAGGACGAGUCCAAGCAAGCACAAAGACCUCAGACUGCCUUCAGCCUGAUCCCAAUAGGAGCUACCAGAAGUGGUGACGGUCAGGUACGCUAACAGAAUCCGUCGCCUGGUGCUGACCUCUUUGGUAAGCCUGACUUCAAAUCUCGCAAAGAUGACAAACUGGUCCAGUCUCACACUUGUUGUAUUAUCUGACCUGCAACCUGAACUCAACUUGUCGCGCCAUUGUCUCAAUCCACUUUUAUUAGUGACCUUCUAAAUCCAGGCUGUGGUCAACCUGAGAUUCGGAGGUCAGAGAGAACAGACAAGUAGAGAGGUGACCCUGCUGAUCUUCAAUUGCUUCACUGGCUUUGCAAACCAUUUCUCAACACCGGAGUUUUCAUUACCUUCUCAGUCUAUUGCCUGUCAAAAGAAAAUUGGACAUGCUCUACCUCUUUAAAACCCCAUGGGGCACACUUGAUCGGUUAUUUUACCAUAUCUCAAAAUGUAGUCACACUAAUAAAGGCAGAGUGGA